AUGUCGCAGAUACGUCUUACCAACGAGCAGAAGCUGCGCAUCUGCAAGCACGAGGAUGCUAACCCGCGCAUCACCCAGACUGCCCUGGCGGCUUGGACAAAGGACGCCUUUGACCUCCAGAAGGCACUUUCCCAGGCAGCGAUCAGCAAAAUCAUCAAAAAAAGAAAGGAGCUUGAGGCAAUGGACACCACUGACCUCAGCGCUAAGCGUCCUCGGACUGUCCAGCACCCAGCUGUGGAGGAGGCCGUCGCCUUCUGGGUCUUGCAGUGCCAGCACCGUGGGGUCGCUCUCACUGGACAUCUCAUACGGGCCAAGGCUCAGACCUUUUCGGGAUCAAUGGGCGUCUCGGAGGAAAACAUCAGCUUUUCGCAUGGGUGGCUCCACAAAUUCCAGCAACGCCACAAACUGCGAGCUGUCCGCAUUCAUGGCGAUAGUGGCUCAGCAAAUAUGGGCGCUCUAGAGGAGGCUCUUCCACACCUCAAGGCCGUGGUUGCUGGUUAUGCGCCACGUGACGUGUACAACAUGGACGAAACUGGUUUGUUCUACAGUAUGACGCCCGACAAAACGAUCGCCCAGCAAGAGGUCGAAGGGUUUAAAAAAGACAAGACGCGCAUCACAGUUGCUCUCACGGCAAACGCUGAUGGAUCCGACAAACUCCCGCCGGUCUUCAUUGGACACGCCAAAAAGCCGCGGUGUUUUGAGCGCAAGACAGCUGAGCGACUGGGCUUUCUCUACCGCAACAACAAGAAAGUCUGGAUGACUGGCAUACUCUUCCAGGAAUGGCUGGGAGACGUCGACAAAAGUAUGAAGCAAAAGGACAGAAAAAUCCUGCUUCUCAUGGACAACGCUCCUUCACACAUUGUUGCUGACCUGGAACUCACCAACAUCACGGUCCAGGUUCUUCCUCCUAAUACGACUUCAAAGGUCCAACCCAUGGAUGCUGGGAUUAUUGCCGCAUUCAAGAGGCACUACGGCCGGCUGCAUCUGCAGAAUGCCUUUGACCGUGACGAGCGCGGAGAAACCAACCUUUACAAGGUUGAUCAUCUCACGGCCAUGCGUUGGUCGCUGGCUGCGUGGAGCGAGAUUUCCAGUGCCACAAUCGCCAACUGCUUCCGUCAUACGGGACUCAUGGACGGUCCGGCUCUGCCGACUGGUGGGGGUGAAAACGAAGCCGGCACUGUUGGCCAUCAGGCCCAGCAGGAGGCAGCAGCUGCUGCAGUAGAGGAGCAGCGCGUGGAACAGGAUCUUGUUUCGGCGCUGGAAAGGCUUCCGCUCCGCAAUCCCAUGUCGAUCGCUUCUCUUCUCAAUCCGGCUGAGGAGGAGGAGACGGCGCAUGCGGAGCUGACCUAUGCCGAAAUCAUCAAGCUUGUUGAGGAUCCGUAUGGGGAGGAGGAAGGUGCUGCUGAGGCGGAGGAGGAGGUGGAAAAGCAUUCGAAGGCUGAAAAGCUUGCCAGCCUUAGUCUAUCCAUCGCCCUUCUCGACCUUUCUCAGGAGUCCCAUCGUAUAGCUCACCGGACCCUUCGCCAAGUCCAAGCUGAUCUCCGUAGUGCGAGCACCACUCAGGCCACACUUGAUUCCUGGCUGAAGUAG